ACUGACUGCUGCUUCUUUAGAAAGAACCACAUAGGCAGGCGAGAAAAACGCGAGAAACUCGUGUCGGUCGUAUGUCGUUUGUAAUCGGUACAUAUUGUAAUUUAAUAAAAUGAGGUGGCUCGUCUUGUGUCUAUCUCUCAUCACAUUCUUGAGCUGGAGUGUCAACUGCUAUUUCAUUACCGUGGACGCGCAUGCCGAGGAAUGUUUCUUCGAGAAGGUGGAUGCUGGCACGAAAAUGGGGUUGACGUUCGAAAUAGCAGAGGGUGGAUUCCUAGAUAUAGAUGUAAAAAUAUUGGAUCCAGAAGGAAAUAUAAUUCACCAAGCUGAUCAAGAGAGCAGCGGUAAAUAUACGUUUGCUGCGCAUUAUUCCGGCCUUUACACUUACUGCUUCAGCAAUCAAAAGAGUAGUAUGACGCCAAAAGUCGUCAAGUUCAAUAUGGAUAUCAGCGAAAAUGCACAACUGCCCCUUGAGAAUGCAUCAGACGGAAAGAAUGCCGAAGAUUCGAAUCAUAGUAAAAUAGAUGAAAUGAUCAAGGAACUAAGUACAAGUUUAUGGAGUGUGAAGAAUGAGCAAGAGUAUAUGCAGGUCCGAGAUCGAAAUCACAGAGCUAUCAGUGAAAGUACAAAUUCUCGAGUAGUUCUCUGGACGUGUUUCGAAGCCAUCGUUCUGGUCGCUAUGACGAUAGGACAAACUUUAUACUUGAAACGAUAUUUCGAAGUAAGACGAAUCGUCUAACUCGCAAUAAUAAAAUAAUCUAUCAGUUGUAUAUUUUUCUCGAUGUGAUUAAGUUAUAAUGGAAUUAAAAGAUGUCCACUUUUUUUUAAAAAUAAUUUGUUUCCUUGUGAACGUCGACGCGACAAAGAUACGUGUAGCCACGUGGCAUGGUCACGUUCCGAUCGCUACAUCACGUCCUAUUCGGCAAACUAAAAAUAUAAGUUGUGCUUGAAUCGCAGCAGGGAUAUAUAUUGUAUAAAUAUCGGACCAUCAUCGUCGACGAUCGUGCGUCAUCUCCGUGUCAACGAUCAACUCCGCAGAGUUAUUACUUUCAUUAAAUAUUUUUACAGAGUGAUUGCAUUUAUAUAAUUGUACAGCGACACAUGAUAUACAAUAAUAAACAUCAAAAUUAAUGGUU